AGAAACUUUCUCGGAGCCGUGUGGUAGUUCUGCUUCCACGUAGAUCUCGCUAUGGCGUGUUUGCAGCUGGUGUGCGGGUUCUGGUUCUUCGGCGUCCUGCUGCUCUCCGCCUCGGCGGAGAAGCCGCUCGACAGCCGCUCCAACGUGUUCCAGGAGCUCCGGGCGGCCCUGGCGGAGCUGGCCGAGGGGGGGCGCGCCCUGCUGGGCAGGCUGGCGGAGCAGCAGACGGUGCUGUCGGUGCACAAGGCCUUCUCUCAGGUCCUGGGUGUCGUUGCAGGAAGUUUGGCUGCCGGUCUGAACGUUCUGCUGCAGUAUAUUGUAAACUUCCUGAACACUGCUGGAGUCCAGGUGGGCUUCCCUGUCAGAAAAGUGACCCCCGAGGGGCUGAUCUUUGUGGGUCAGUGGGUCCUCGUGGCUCUCAUCUGCUACUGGCUGAUCUCUCUUGCCCUCCGAUUGGUUGCCUCCACCCUGCGGCGGGCCCUGUGGCUGCUGAAGAUUGGAGCGGCGUUCGCCUGUUUCGGUCUCAUCCUGAGCGACCACCGGGUGGGUCCGGAGACCAUCGCCAUCCGGCUGGCCGUCCUGGCGUGCGUCUGCGUUCUUUUGGGAGUCGGGUCCGCCGGCAGCUCGGACUCGGAGGGUAAAACGGCUCGGCUGGAGGAGCAGGUGAAGAUCCUGGAGAGACGGCUCCGACAAAUGGAGCGAUUGACGAGGACAGAAGAGUGAAGCAGGGAACAUCUUUCUCUCUCUGUCGUGGACUCUGGUUUCAUUGCAGCUUCUAGCUGUCAAGUUCAAUAUUGAAUGAUCCAUUUAGUCUUUGAGAAGUUGGACAUUGUUCCUGAUUCAGAACGUGAAUCACAAAUCACAUUCCUGCUGGACCAUAGUUCAGCCAUGAAAUAGUCUGUUCCCGAAGUAAAUGUCACAUCUACGGUCUCCAAUCAGGCAAAGAUGGAGCUGGUAUUUCUCUGCAGACACAUUUUAAUUUUAUUUGACAAUAUUUAUCCAUUUUUGCACGUCAGGCCUGCAGAGCACUCCGAAGCAAAAGCUGUGUGGGGCCAACGUAGAGGUUAUUUCAGAUGUGUGUCCUCUUCUGUGAUCCACCUUUGCGAAUACUGCCAGCUCAGCUGGGUUCAUGAGAUCACGUCUGCAUUUCCCUUCUGCUGGUUUAGGCCGCAUAUAAAAAUAAUGAGUAGUGUCAAAUAAAAUGCUGUUUUCAGCCUCUAACAACGAACCCCUCCUCGCACGUUCACAUCUCUUCCAAAACCCUCGACGACUGAGUCGGACCCCACUUACUGCGCUUUAUUUUGAAAAUCUGACUGCGUAUACAGCCAAAUUGAGCAGUCGUAGGCGUAGCAGAGCAGAGUGGACUCUCAAAUCUAAUGAUGCUCU